GAGAACCCUAAAUUGGACCAAAAUUCCCAAAUCAAAAAAGAGAAAUAAAAAAUUUCAAUGACGAGCAGAGGGAAGAAGACGAGAGACCUGCCCAACCUAACAGAGUGCCAUUGCUGCCACCGCCGCGUCGACCUCGCCAAGUCCAAGAACAGCAUGCUCCACCUUCUCUACAGCGAGUGGCGAAUCGUCCUCCUCUGCACCAAAUGCCUAUCGCGCGUCGAGUCCACCGAGCUCUGCUCCUACUGCUUCCACGACUCCUCCUCCGGCGACGAUUGCUUCUCCUGCCGCCAGUGCCGCCGCCGCGUCCAUAGGGAUUGCGAUUCCGAGUACCGCGGCUCCGCCGUCUGGUCCGGCUCGUCGUCUUCCCCCGAGGAGGUCUCCGUUUGCGGCGACUGCUGGGUGUCGGAGUCGCUGGCGAGGUGGAGGAGGAGCCGGAACAGCGGCGGCGGGAGGAAGAGUCAUAGGUCGGAUUUGGGAUCUAGGGUUUGUGAUGAUCAGAGGAAACGUGAUCUGAAUUCGAGUCAUGCGGUGUGUGAUUCAUCUACAGAGGAGGCUACUAGGUGCUCGAGGAGGCUUGAGGUUGUUGAAGAAGAUCAGGAUCAAGAGAAUGUGGAUGAUGUUGACGAUGACGUGGCGCUGAAGGAAGGGCAAGGCAGCUGCUCCAAUGGCGUCGAUUUGGAGUCGCCGCCAUGUUCUAAAGUGGAGCACUGCAACUGUAUUAUCAGGCCGAGGGGCGAAAAUCGCAGUGCGAAGUUUGAUCCUUAUUAUUUCAAGUACAGGAGGAGGAGGAUAAGCAGUGAUCACUGCAUUUUAACAUACAAGAGGAGAAGCAUUGGCAUUGUUGAAUGCUGUAAGAGUUUGAGCAAUGUGGAUUGCGCUUUGUUGACGUAUAAGAGGAGCGGCAGUGUGAAUGCUCGGUUUAUGUUUACGUAUAAGAGGAGGAGGAACUUUGAGCAGUGUGUGUUGACAUAUAAGAGGAGGAGGCCCGGGAUACUUUACGCGAGUUCAAAGGCACAGCUUGAGGGGCCGGCGCUGGAUCCUGACUGUUCAGAGGCCAGAGUUCGAUAUUAUUCAUAUUUGCUGCAUUUUGGUUCAUAAUGAUGAAGAUGACAUUGGUUUGAAUUUUAACAUACCAUUUCUCACUCUAUGUCAACAUAUGAGAGCACAAGGACUAAUCAUCGCUUAAUGAUAGUAUAUAGGAGUAUGAUGGCCAAUACUCUCCAUGCUUGCUGAAUAACUAGCCUUAAGGUCUUCUCCUGUUUUCAGGUGGUUCUUUCUGUUUUAGAUCUGACAUUCAUGAGUGUCUGACUUCUCUCUAAUGCUUAGAGACACUGUUUCAUUCUUCAUGUAGUCAUUGCUUCGUAUAUCAUGCUGUGUGCUGACUGUGCUCAAGUAAGAACAUAGUUUUGGUUUUAUUUAUUUUGGUGGUAAUGAUCAAAUUUUGCAAGAUAAGUUAUAAAUGAGGGUCGGGCUACUCUUCAAUUUGUCGAUUUUGGUAUAAUAUUAAUACCGACUCUUUUUUGUAAAAGCCUAAAAGAUAUGUUACCACUAGCACACUACAAUUUUUGCUGAAUAUUAGGGUUAGUAACUUUAAUAAAAGAUCCUAUACUCUUGGCAUGAUUCCAAAGGUAUUGAUUGGACUGUAGAAAACAGCACACUCUUAUUAGUUUUUGGAUAGGAUUCUUCAUUGUUCUUACCGUUGCAACUGUUGGACAUUUUAGCACUCUGACUAUCCAUUCGACAUUAGGUGGGAAGAGUAAAUAUUUGUUCCUUAAUAUAAUUAUGAUUCAAUGACAAGCAGUGAAACCCAAGGAAACAGGGCAGUUGC